AUGUUGGCCUCCCGUGUUUUCGCCCGUACUAUGGCCGCCGCCGCCAAGUCUGCCAAACCUCCUGUGCAAUUGUUCGGCGUCGACGGAACCUACGCCAAUGCCUUGUACCUGGCUUCCGUGGAGCAGUCUUCGGUGGACACAUCUUACCAGGGAUUGACCAAAGUGGCUGACUUGAUCAAGCAGGACCAGAAAGUGGCUGAUUUCUUGACUAACCCAGCCUUGGGCAGUGAGGACAGAAAGACCGUCAUCGACACCAUCUCCAAGUCUUUGUCCUUGGACAAGACCGUGCACAACUUCUUGGGCGUUUUGUCUGAAAACAACAGAUUGGCCCAGUUUGACUCGAUUUACAAGAACUUCGGCACUUUGUACGAGGCCUACCAGGGCGUUGUUGAAGCCAGAAUCACCUCAGCCAAGCCUUUGGACAACAAGACCUUGAAGAGGUUGCAGGCUGCCAUCCAGAAGUCCUCUUUCGUUGGCGAGGGCAAGACCCUCAAGAUCAACAGUUUGGUUUCUCCAGAGAUCUUGGGUGGUUUGGUUGUUGAAGUGGGCGACAAGACCCUCGACUUGUCCAUCUCCAGCAAGGUUGCCAAGUUGAACCAGACCUUGGGCGAGGCUUUGUAA